ACUUCACGUUUCUCCGAAAUAGCCAAAGACGGAGGUGGGGACCAGAGGCAGCGGGUGCGGCUCAGCUGCCCCUUUCUGUUUGAUUACCUUGGACUCCAGCGGGAUCCCCUGUGCCUGCUCACGGCAGAGCAGCCUUUUCCUCUAGGAGCGCCUCACCUUUAAACAAUCUUCCAAGAAGGCUGCAAAAAGAAACCCCAAUUGGUUGAGCGAAUGCGCAGGGCCAAAGGGCUGGGUGGUGGGGUGCCCGGGACUAAGGGAAGCCAGCCAGCUCCCGCCCCAGCUCUGCCCUCCGUGGGGCACAGAGUGCAAAGGUAACCCACGUGGAGCCCGGUGCCAUUGAGAAGCCGCCUGUGGGAGGAAGGCCGGCAGGAACAUUUGGGGUGCAUCUGGGUGAAGGGAGGGUGCCCUCAGCGGCUUCCCGACCCACCCCUCAACUGCAUGGGCCCCAUGCCAUUCCUGUCGGCGUGGCUCAGCUCUGAUAGGAACACUGGUGCCUGGGCGCGGGCAGAAAGCGUGGUGGUUACUCAUUGCCUAAUCUGAUUCAGGCUGGCCAGAUUCUGGUAACUUUUGGGUGACCCUGAUGAAGACAAAGCCGGGAGCCGGCCUUUGUAUGACAGGAUCCCGGCUCCCACGGGAUGGGCGGGAGCCCUGCCUGCCUGGGGCACUCUGCCCAACUCCGAGGCCACCGUGCCCAUCCACCUUUCGUUGCCUGGCACCCCAAGAGGAGGACUGAUUUCCCCUGUGAACUGUGCCCACUUUCUGGGGGUGCUGCUUUCGGGGCGGGGGUGAGUGGAGAGGGCACCAGGGUUAGCAAAGUCAGGGGCAGACAAAAGCUGGGAUUUCUUGAGGGGAGUGGGGGUGCAGGAUUGGAACUAGGCUAACAUGUGGUCGGGCCCUCGGAUGUGCCAGGGCGAGUCAGUUGAUUACACGUAUGUUAUUUAGUUAAAUUUGUGAAAAUUAUGAGAUGCUCACCAACCCGGUGAUAAACUCGCUUCCUCCCCAUUGGCUGACCUGGUCACAUGGCCGCCCAACUUUAUUCAGUUGACAGCAAGUAGGAGGGCCCUAUGGAAGGAGAAAAAAAGACAACACGAGAAAAAUUAGUAUUUUCUACCUUCUGAAAUUAAUGGCCAUGAGUUCGUAUAUGGUGAACUCCAAGUAUGUGGACCCCAAGUUCCCUCCGUGCGAGGAAUAUUUGCAGGGCGGCUACCUAGGCGAGCAGGGCGCAGAUUACUACGGCGGCGCCGCGCCGGGCGCAGACUUCCAGCCCCCGGGGCUCUACUCGCGGCCCGACUUCGGUGAGCAGCCCUUCGGAGGCGGCGGCCCGGGGCCCGGCUCGGCGCUGCCCGUGCGGGGUCACGGGCAAGAGCCCGGGGGCCCUGGCGGUCACUACGGUGCCCCGGGAGAGCCGUGCCCUGCGCCCCCGCGCGCGCCCCUGCCUGGCGCCCGGGCCUGCAGCCAGCCGGGCGGCCCCAAGCAGCCGCCCCCCGGGACGGCACUCAAGCAGCCGGCCGUGGUGUACCCCUGGAUGAAGAAGGUGCACGUGAACUCGGUGAACCCCAACUACACCGGCGGGGAGCCCAAGCGUUCCCGAACGGCCUACACCCGCCAGCAAGUCCUAGAACUGGAAAAGGAAUUUCAUUUUAACAGGUAUCUGACCCGGCGCCGGCGGAUUGAGAUCGCACACACCCUGUGUCUGUCCGAGCGCCAGAUCAAGAUCUGGUUCCAGAACCGGAGGAUGAAGUGGAAAAAAGAUCACAAGCUGCCCAACACCAAAGGCAGAUCGUCGUCCUCCUCGUCCUCCUCCUCCUCCUCCUGCUCCUCCUCAGCCACCCCCGGCCAGCAUUUGCAGCCGAUGGCCAAGGACCACCACACGGACCUGACGACCUUAUAGAAGCGGGGACCCUGGGCCCGUCCCUCCCUGCACGCCCGGCUGAGCCGAGGCUGCAGGGGCAGGCUGGGCCUGCUGUCACCUCGCUGGGCUCUAAGGUACUGUGGGGGUGGGCCCGGGACCCAGGUUAGCACCCUGCCCGAGGGCAGCCCCCUCCCUAGAGCGGGGUGGGCUGGGAGGGGGGCGGGAUUCUCUCUCGGAGGAUGGCAUCACGAGGCAGGAUCCCCUGAGAAAGUAAAAUCUCCUGAAAAUCUCCGCUGUUGGAUUGUGAAUUUACCAGGGAAGCUUGGAUGCUUUAUCCCAGUGUGAGGUGGGACGCUCUCCGGCACCCCACCCCUCCAGAGAGCUCGGUGGCAUAGAGGUGUGGGGUGGCUGAGGCCCAGGGUUGGCCUCCCUGUGCUAGGUGCUUCGCAGUACAAGAGUGCCAGAGCUGGGCCAGGAUUUCUGAACUUUCUGGGCUGUCUAGGUGAUUUCCAGUGUGAUUUCAAAAAACAAACACACAGAAAAGUGUUGCUCCCAGCGGCCCCUUGCCCCAUGAGAUGUCUAAGAAGGGAAUGGAAACGGGUGAUUUUGUGUUUAGAUUAUAUUUGUCGAAGUAUUUAUUUGUUGGGGAAUGGAGUACAGAAAUAACUAACACCUUCAUGCCAAAAAUCUUAAGCUAGUGACAGGGGUUGAGCUUCAGGGAGCUAAAUCAGAGAUAACAUGGACUUAGUUUUGGCAGGAAACGCAUUUUGAACUCCACCCCGAUCCGGUCCCUGGGAGUGUGUGUAGGGGGGCUCUUGACCCUUCUAGAGGGAGGCAGAGGAUCCAUUCAAAGCUGAGUUCUUGAAAAUAUAUUUCCACAUGUGCUUCCCACCGCCCACCCCCCAGCACUGAGCUUACAACCAGCUCUGGGUGAUUAAAGGAGAGGGGGAAAAGGAACCAAAUGGUCCAACAUUUUCCUUCUGGGGAAAGAAAACAAAACCUCUGUGCUCUGGGGGUGGCUAGAUAAUGACUGAGUUUCUGUUCCAACUGGAUUCCAAAUGUUCCAAAUAUACCCCCCACCCCAGAACAGUAUUUUGUAGGGAUUGGGAUAUGGCCUGUAGUGGGGAGGGACCAUGCACUGGGGAGAAUGUGGAAGGUGAGAAUGUUUUGUUUUUUAAGAGGAAACAAAAAACAAAACUCACUGAAUCUAGAAGUCCACAGUAAUUAGUGUUAGGUUUGUUUUUUCCUUUGAAGUUCUGAUUUAAAAAAAAAAAAUCUAAGGGUUUUUUCUUAUUCCAUGAACUAGAAGCAGAGAUUUUGUAAAGAUGGAAAGGUUUUUAGGCCCUCUUCUUUGCCUGAAAAUGCUGAUUUCAAAACAAUUACCCUCAAACAACUGGAGAGAUGUUCUUUAGUCAUUUUUCUUAUGCCUUCCCUGGAAAGAGUUCAAAGCUCAUUUUCUAAAGGAUAAGGAGUAAGGUGUCAGAGGUAAUGACCAGAGUUCAUACUCUCAGAUGAAACAAGUCUUCAAAAGUUUAGACUCUAAAGCCCCGGGCUCAAAGAAAAAAAAAGAAAAAAGAAAGAAA